GUCAUGCUCAAACGACAGUUGAAUGCACUCGCAACUGCUGAUAAUGAAAGAGAGUUAAAUUAUAAAUUGUGGAAAAAGAUUAUUUUAAUAUACUGGUAGCUCAUUUUCCGUGUUCUCAAUCAAAAUACAUUUAUCAACAUUUAUUUAUAAAUACAUACGUAUAUAAAAAUUCCUUUCAAGUUAUUUUCUUCUAAUGCAAAUUCAAAUCAUUUCUUUGAGUCAUGAGUCAUUUAUUAAAUUUUCAAAAUUCCUCGCUUGCAAAUGACCUUGAAUUGCACUUAUGUACAUAUGUACAAACUAACAUGGGAUACAUACGAGCUGCAUAUUUAUUUCAUAGCCGCAAAUUAUUCAUCAGCAUUUUAUCAGGAUAUCAAAACCGAACUGCACCGAACAUCUAUAAACAAAAACACACAAACAACAACAACUACAUAAAAUAUAGAAAGCAAUUAAACAAAUGCAAUUAAAAAUUAUAAACCGUUUGAGAAAUCUAAAAGUGCGCACGCGUUGCAAUUUUUCAAGAGCAAAAAAACUCACAGCAACAACAAAAAAAAUAAAAACAAAAUUUCAUAGUAAAAACACAAAAAUCAAAAAACACAUGAAACAACACAAAAACAAAAAAACAACAAGCUUACUUUGCCAAGAAGCAAAAGCCGAAGCGCAAUGUUCGCUAAAAUUGUAAGGGUAGAAAGGGAUAGCAGCUGUUUGCCAGCCGGCUGCGGCCGCGGCGUCGGUUUGGAGCCGCUAAGGACAAGGGUUCAAGUGCAAGGAGGAUGCAGGACACCGAACGGAGUGCAACACACAGGAACAAGGACGUAUUUUGCCCUGUGUGUUGGAACACAGCGUCAACAGAGGAAACAUGCAACUAUCUUAAUAAAAGGAUUUAUUUGUGAAAAGAAGAGAAGGACGAAGCUAAGGAAUUUCACAACAAUGCAAAAUGUUUGCGUGUCACAAAGAGGGCAAAAAAAAAGUACAGCCAAAAGUCAACGCGACAAGCGAGGAUAUAAAUCAAUAUGAAAUUUCAAUCCAAUGAGAAAUGGUGCAUACUUACAUAUGGACCAUUAACAGAAACCCGUAAAUCCGAACUUGUGCUGUUUUAUAUCUGUUACAAGACCGGCAUUAUGGGAGUCUGUCAAUGCAAACAACUGGUUUUUGGCAACAACAAAAAGAGUUCUAAACUAAA